CAGGUAUCGCGUUCACCCCCCCACAACAUUUUCUCCGAGCGAAGAAGGUGGUUUGCUGUGGCAGGCUCCAAUUCGUGUUUCCAUUUUAUGUGAGUGUGUCGCAAAGUUUGCACAAUAUUGAACGCUGCUCCGUGCGCUUCCGCAGCCAAAAGUGGAAGUGUUCGCACAAGUAGUGGUGCAUAUGCGUUUUUUCGAAUGAACCAGAAAAGCCUUCAUGUGAGUGCAGCAGUGUAUGAGUUUAAUUGUUAAUUGGUGCUAGGUGUGAGAUCAGUUGUGACGAAAGGUGGCGGUGUGUGUGGCAGUGAAAACUGUACGUGAAAUUGUGAAAACUACCUCCCCACGCACUUGCGCUGGUGGUACGCACGCGGGUAGCUGAACGAGCAAAAAUUGGCUACCGGAGGGAGAGAUCAUUGUUGCACUACAGUACGGUUGGCGAGAGUGGCUGGAUAUAGGGCUGGCAGGCGCCGGCACAGCUUCACCCGCCAGCGCAACGUCAACGAACCGUGAAGCACCGAGCACAUCAUCGUGGAGAGAUUCGGUCGUGAUUGGUGCCGCACAUAAGAACGAACAACAGGCGUACAAGCACACACAUCUCAGUCGGCGGUGGGUUUGCGUGUGCACGCAGCAGCAGUAGCAGCACCGAGCGCCACGAUGAGUACGGAACAUCCGGCAGCGAGUGAGCUGCUGGCCAAUGCUACCGCUGCCACGGUCGCCGCCGUCAGCGGCAGCACGGCCAAGGCGAACAUUGCCGUGCGCGUCACGGAGGCGGCCCCGGCGGCGGCGCUCGCGAUCGAUCCGAUCAUCAACCACGUCGGGGACGGUAUCUUCCUGCAGGCCAAGACGGCCCAGAUCUUUGCAGGGAUUUGCGUCUGGAUGGCACUGUUCAUCACUUGCCAGCAGAUCUAUCAGCACCUGCGAUGGUACACGAACCCACAGGAACAGCGAUGGAUCGUCCGAAUACUGUUCAUCGUGCCGAUCUAUGCCACGUACUCCUGGGUCAGCUUACUGUUCUUCAACUCGGAAAGCGUUUACGUGUACUUCUUCACCGUGCGCGAUUGCUACGAAGCGUUCGUAAUCUACAACUUCCUUUCGCUAUGCUACGAGUACCUGGGCGGCGAGGGCAACAUUAUGUCGGAGAUCCGCGGCAAGCCGAUCAAAUCGUCCUGCCUGUACGGUACGUGCUGCCUGGCGGGCAAAACCUACACGAUCGGAUUCCUGCGCUUCUGCAAGCAGGCGACGCUGCAGUUCUGCCUGGUCAAGCCACUGAUGGCGUUCAUCAUCAUCUUCCUGCAGGCGUUCAACCACUACCACGAUGGCGAUUGGAGUGCUGAUGGAGGCUACAUUUACAUCACCGUCAUCUACAACAUCUCGGUCUCGCUGGCCCUGUACGGGCUGUAUCUGUUCUACUUCGCCACACGCGACCUGCUGACGCCCUUCGAUCCCGUGCUGAAGUUCUGCACCGUCAAAUCCGUUAUCUUCCUGUCCUUCUGGCAAGGCGUGGGACUGGCCAUUCUGGAAAAGGCGGAGGUCAUUUCGCCGAUCGUCGAUGCGGGUGGUUCGACCACGUCCGCCGGUACGGUGUCCGCCGGCUAUCAGAACUUUUUCAUCUGCAUCGAAAUGCUGUUCGCGGCCAUCGCGCUGCGGUACGCUUUCCCGUACCAGGUGUACGCCCAAAGCUGCAUGACCGAUGCGCACGGUCGAUCCGUCACGAUGCAAUCAAUUUCAAGCAGUUUAAAGGAAACUAUGAACCCGAAAGAUAUUAUGACCGACGCGAUACACAACUUCCACCCGCAGUAUCAACAGUACACUCAGUACAGCUCAGACUGCCCAUCUCCGAUCGACCGGAAGCGCAGCGAUACGAAACAAUUUCAGGCCCCGCAGUACCUGAAAAGCUAUUACCAGCUGCGCGAGGAAGAACUGCACGUCCUACCGAAUGGCCAGCAGCAGCAGCAGCACCAUCAUCACCACCCGCACGGUCUACCAUACACGGGCAAUCCCUUUUAACUGGCUAAAUGUUGUGUUACAGUGUUAGCUAUCUUAGCAUAGCGAUGAUUAAUCAGUGUGGCCAACAGUUUCUUCCUUCCUUUGGUGCACGGUCCGUCCUGGCACAGUGGUGGCACCUGUUGUUAUUUUUCUUUCGCCCUUUGCUCACGCAAUCGCGAUGCACUGACUAACAUUUUCACCGUUCAGCUGCGCGCACGCCGCUGCUUCUGGUGUGUGUGAGUGUGUGUGUGUUACUGCAAUCCACCGCCAAUACACGAUUUUGAUGGGAUUUUCCCAACAGCGAGAAUAACACGUGUGAAUAUCAACCAUUUCACAAUUGACAAGGAGCUCCUUAUCGAUGUUGCAACAAUGGUGUUGUGCAAAUUUGUUAAAUUUCCACCCCUUUUUCCACUUUUCAGAAGUUGUUUCGCAGAUGCCUUACGAGAGACUCUAAAUCGUUUGUUCCCAACAGAGACAGAGAGAGGGAGAGAGAAGGGAGGAGGGUCGAUGAUGGAAAGCGUAAUCCACUCUUUUUUAUCUUUAGACAUUAAAGUAAUCUAGUAAUACGUGAUACACGAGCCAGAAGAGAGAGGGAGUGUGGUGCGAAAGCGAGAGUAAGCAACAGUACAUACAAUUACAAAGGACAACCGGAAGCGGACAUUUUUCCGAGACGAAAUUACACAAACGAUCGGUGAACGGAUAGGAUUGCUUCAAGUAUCCCACACUUAAUGGUAUUGCACUUGAGAAGAGAAGCAUUAUUUUUAUUUACAAACAAAAAAAAUCAAACUGAAAGGAAACACAACAAAACACACAAAAGGAAGAGAGCGUAGAUGAAGAUGAAAACGAAAUCAAUACACCAGUACCUUUGACGAGUGACUUUAAGCGGAACACAAAUUUCAGACACCAUUUAUUACGGUUCCUUCUUAUUUUUUUGUGGAUGUACUUUUUUUUUAAAUAACGAAAAAUGAUAUUUUUAAUCGAGUUUGAAUAUUUUACCAAAAAUGGUACACAGAAAACGGUUCAUUUUUAACUACUAUUUGGCUCAAGACAAGAAGGCGAAAAGGCGUAAAGAUAAUUCGCCCCACAUGUAGCGUAGACAGACAGUACUUAAACAGAGAAACAUCGAUGGGUAAUAUAGAGCAUAAGCGCUACACCUAUUCGCCACAACGAUCGCGCUCUCAUGCCUACAGCAGCAGCCGGUCAGCUGCAGACAUCCGACGAUACAUGCCACCAACAGCAGCAAACAACAGCAGCAGGAUGCAAUACACAUAACCAUUCGCCCGCCUGCCCGUGUUGCAAUGCACGCGUCGCUUUGUACGCUCUGCAUGCAGCUUCCAAGUGCCUUCGUUAUUUCGGCUUUUGAUUUGCAAAUCUGUUGUUGUUGAUCAGCAACUAAAAAAGAAAAGAAAAAAGUAUUAUAUUUUAUUCGUUCCCGCUGCUGCUCAAUGUGACUGUAAAUAUUAAACAUAUAAAAUACACCAACAACAAAAGCAUAUACCCUACACAGGCCACACAGACACACUGCUUGUGUGAAUGUUGCCGAAUGUUUAUUAAUCUGUGCAUCCCACUCCCGCUCGCCCCAUGAGAGUACCUGCAUGUAUCGUUGGCUUGUGCUGUAGAAGAAGCGUUUAUCACCUUUUUUUUGCGAUAGAGCAGCAAACUUAGUAGCGCGGUGCCUUGUGGUUGUUGUGUGCGUGUGUGUGCGUGUUGCGUUUGUGCGGUUUUUUUAGACUAUGCUGUGUACUUGUACUUGUGUCGAAUGCAGAGAGUAAUAGAGAUUUUAUGCUGUGAAAAAGUGAAUGUUCCUUCUUCGUGUGGGAUCAUCAGGAAGCAGAACAACAAAAUCCGGAUGUGAUUUCCCAAUCAGACAGGCAGGAAGCAGCAGUCUAUUUUAAUGGCUUGUGACAGCGAAACAGCCAGAUAGCGAUUUGACUUUUUGUUUCUUAUUGGAAAUCCAAUUUUUCCUUGUGACUGUAUUAGAGAUCGCUCAAGACUACGGACGACGGAUUAGGGAUACAUAAUAACGGCCUGCCACGAAGCGGAAUAGGGGAGCGAAGUAGUGUUUAGAACCGGAUUGCGGAAGGAAAUAGGAAAUAGGAGAAAAAAAAGGAACUUACAUGAUAACAACAACAACAACAAAACUACAUAAUAAAUCGUAUUUUUUCAUGUAGUUA